AUGGAUCCUUUGCAAAUUGUCCACUUGGGCCCUCGGAAGAAGAGGCCCAGGCAAAUGGGUGCUUCGAUGGUCUCUCCUCCUCAUGACAUCAAAUUUCAGGACUUGGUCCUCUAUAUUUUGGAGAAGAAAAUGGGAACCACCCGCAGAGCCUUCCUCAUGGAGCUGGCACGAAGGAAAGGAUUCAGGGUCGAAAAUGAGCUCAGUGAUUCCAUCACCCACAUUGUGGCAGAAAACAACUCUGGCUCAGAGGUCCUGGAGUGGCUGCAGGUACAGAAUAUAAAAGCCAGCUCACAGCUAGAACUCCUCGACAUCUCCUGGCUGAUAGAAUCAAUGGGAGCAGGAAGACCAGUGGAGAUGAUAGGGAAACACCAGCUUGUAAGUGUGAGAAGAGACUAUUCAGCUAGCCCCAACCCAGAGCUCCAGAAGACUCCACCACUUGCUGUAAAAAAGAUCUCUCAAUACGCAUGUCAGAGAAGAACCACUUUGAACAACUGUAACCACAUCUUCACAGAUGCCUUUGAGGUACUGGCUGAACACUAUGAGUUUAGAGAAAAUGAAGUCUUCUCCCUGGCAUUUAUGAGAGCAGCUUCUGUACUUAAAUCCCUGCCCUUCACAAUCAUCAGUAUGAAGGACAUAGAAGGAAUUCCCUGCCUGGGGGACAAAGUGAAGUGUGUCAUAGAGGAAAUUAUUGAAGAUGGAGAAAGUUCUGAAGUUAAAGCUGUGUUAAAUGAUGAACGAUAUCAGUCCUUCAAACUCUUUACUUCUGUGUUUGGAGUGGGAUUGAAGACAUCUGAGAAAUGGUUCAGGAUGGGUUUCAGAACUCUGAGUAAAAUAAAGUCGGACAAAACCCUGAAAUUCACGCCAAUGCAGAAAGCAGGAUUCCUCUAUUAUGAAGACCUCGUCAGCUGUGUGACCAGGGCAGAAGCAGAGGCAGUUGGCGUGCUGGUUAAAGAGGCCGUCUGGGCAUUUCUGCCUGAUGCCUUCGUCACCAUGACAGGAGGAUUCCGGAGAGGUAAGAAGAUGGGGCAUGAUGUGGAUUUUUUAAUUACCAGCCCCGGGACAGGAGAUGAAGAAGAGGAACAACUUUUACAGAAAGUGAUAAACUUAUGGGAAAGGAAGGGAUUACUUUUAUACUGUGACUUUGUGGAGUCGACAUUUGAAAAGUUAAAGUUGCCUAGCAGGAAUGUGGAUGCUUUAGAUCAUUUUCAAAAAUGCUUUCUGAUUUUAAAAUUGCACCAUCAGAGAGUGGACAGUGGCAGGUACAGCCAGGAGGAAGGAAAGACCUGGAAAGCCAUCCGCGUGGACCUGGUCAUGUGCCCCUAUGAGCGCCGCGCCUUUGCCCUGCUGGGCUGGACCGGCUCACGGCAGUUUGAGAGAGACCUCCGGCGCUAUGCCACGCAUGAGCGGAAGAUGGUGCUGGAUAACCAUGCAUUAUAUGACAAGACCAAGAAAAUAUUCCUCAAAGCAGAAAGUGAAGAAGAAAUUUUUGCACAUCUGGGAUUGGAUUACAUGGAACCAUGGGAAAGAAAUGCCUAG